AACAAAGCAAACAUUGAACAAAAACCGCUGAGAGUCACUGUUUAAAGUCCUAUAAAAUCCUUUGUUUAGAGAACCAUCUCACCAUCUCUCUCCCUCUCUAUCUCUCUCCCUCUCUAGGUUCUGAUAGAAACCAGAAAAAAUGGGUUUUGCUGUAGCUAAAGCUUUUGUGCUACUGCAGCUUUCACUACUAUGUUUCACUGUCUUUGGUGAAAUCCCAUCAUACCUUCAUUUGAUCUCCCCAGCAGUGUCACCAAGUCACCCACCUACUCACCCUCACCACCACCAUCAUGCCCACCCACCAAGUCUUGCACCGACUCACCACGACGGUCACCCACCCACUCAUGCCCCAGUUUACUCUCCUUUGCACACUCCAGUCCAUGCACCAGUCCACCCACCCAAUCAUGCCCCAGUUUACUCUCCUCUGCACUCUCCAGCCCAUGCACCAGUCCACCCACCAAUGCCACACUCACAUCCUCCUGUUCAACCUCCCGUGCACUCUCCAUCAAAAAGCCAACAACCACCUGUUAAGUCACCAGUUAAACCACCGACCCAGCCACCAAAACACCCACAACCACCUGUCGCUCAGCCCCCAAAACACCCACAGCCUCCGGCUCACUCACCAAGCUAUCAUUUCCCAAGGAGUUUCGUAGCAGUGCAAGGUGUUGUAUAUUGCAAGUCAUGCAAGUAUGCUGGGGUUGAUACCCUCUUGGGAGCUUCACCACUUUCUGGCGCUACAGUAAAACUACAGUGCAAUAAUACCAAGCAGGCGCAAGAAGCCAAGGCCACAACGGACAAGAACGGCUACUUCUUCCUUGAAGCACCCAAGAAAGUCACCAACUACGGGGCCCACAAGUGCAAAGUGUCACUGGUCUCUGCACCAAACACUGCAUGUAGCAAACCAACUGAUCUCCACGGUGGAGUGAGUGGCGGAAUCUUGAGGCCAGAGAAGAAAUACGUUUCAAAUCAGCUUCCAUUUGUUCUCUACACAGUUGGUCCUUUUGCCUUCGAGCCCAAGUGCCCACGUUAAUCCAUGUCUACCGUGUCACCAGUUUCUUAAUUAUUAGUGCUUCUUUGCCUUCUUUUUAUUUAUAUAUAUAAUAUAGUUUGAGCUUUCCUGCUCUGUGUGUGUGUCUGUAAUGAGAGUUUGUUCAAUUUCUUAAUUACCAUUAGUCGAUGUGAUCUUUGUUUAUGGGAAAUAAAUGAUAUUGGUAUCCAUAGAUUAUUAAUAAAUACAACUUUAUUAAUGAGUGUAA